AUGAAUUUCGCAGCGAUUACUCAAUCUACGAUUUCUCAAUCAAUCUCAAAUACACAAUCACGAUCCACCAAACAACGCCAAACAACACCAAGAAACACCAAACCAAAAGUAGGCCCGUAUUAUACACAUCACUUUAUGGACGUCCGCACCAUUCUCAGGGUCUACGAUCUCCAUGAUCUAGCCUCGUCUGUUUCAGACAUUGAAAACGACGUAGCGCUUCUUUUAGAGUGGCUCAACCCGGCGAGUUCUCCGCCAUUGGGUCCCGCCCAGCCUUCUCCCAGAGUCAAGGCAGCCAUACGACGGUGCUUGAAGGACCAGGAAAGCCAAGUGGACUUUAUACGACUUUAUGCCAAUUCGCUUCGUUCGAGUGUUCCGGGAACAUUGGAAACAGCGCUGGAAGCUGGAAACUUUGACGACCUUAUGGCACUCGUGGACACCUAUGUGUCGUACUUCAGACUCUGUAUUGACUAUCUUGGCUUGGAACAGGCGGCAACCCAGAUCUUUUAUCGAAGUCUUCGUGCCAUGUUUCGUGCGGGCCUAUUGCUGCAAAAAUCUUCAUUUUCCAAAAUGCUUUCGUCGUAUCUCGAAAAGAACCUCGUAAUACCUCUGGCUACGCUGCCGGAAGCACACAAGAAAAUCCAGUUGCUAGCGCACAUUGGCAUGUCGGAAGAGGUUGCGGCACUCGUCACCAGUCUUGCUAUCAAUCGUAUACGAAACUAUGUCCGAUCAACUUGUGCUGGCGUGUGGGAUCGUCCGGUUCUCCAAAACCUCAACAGGUGGGUGGAGAGCCAAUUGCACUGUUUCCAUACCAUAGACCCGUCUUUUGCUCCACUUCAUCAUCUCGUCAAAGUGGCCCAUACCGAGCUCGUGCUGACUAGAAUAAUCGAGCUUUUCAACUUGGUUGCGGCCUACCCACACUCCUCGGUGGCUCUCCAAGAACUCCACGAAUGUGUUCUGCUGACGGGUGAAUCUGCUGCAGAAAAACUGUCGCACCGUGCCAAGUUGGUGGACGCUUUCAUUGAACAAUGCAACCAAAAACUUCUUCAUUCCGGCGCCAAUACAGUGGAGGUAAUAACGACGUAUGCGGCAACAAUUCGGUCGUUUUUGGUCAUAGACCCGAAGGGUGUGCUCCUAGACAAGGUUGUGCGCCCAAUUCGUCGGUAUCUCAAGGGCCGCGAGGAUAUUAUUAUCACUCUUGUACAUGGCCUUCUUGAUGAUGGUGAGGCUAACCCACUUCACGAGCUUGCCCGUGAGUUGCGCCGUGGCCUGAGUGUUCCUGUUCAGGUUGGAGACGAAGACAUGUCCCAAUGGAUGCCUGAUCCAAUCGAUGCCCUUCCUGAUUUCAAGAAGGGAAAAGUUACCGAUAUCAUAGAAUCUCUCAUCUCGAUCUUUGAUCUGAAGGAUAUUUUCAUUUCAGAGUUCACCCAGAUCUUUGGUAACCGCUUGAUUAACCUCCACGACUACGAUACUCUGCCCAUUCAGCAACAAUUGGACCUCCUCAAACUCAAAUUCGGCACCGAAGAGUUCUCUACUCUUGAUGUAAUGAUUCGAGAUGUCAUCAACAGCAGACAAACUAAUACCGACAUCUCAGGAAAUCUUCCCUUUCAUUCUUUAAUCCUUUCACACAUGUAUUGGACAAGCGUUUCCGAAAACAUUUCCGACGUUGACCACUUUGACCUGUCUCAUCUCAAAAGUUACUUUGAAACAUACAAUGACAAGUUUAAGAAAAAUAAACGAGGUCGGUCUCUCGAGCUUGUUCCAAGCUUGGGCCAAGUGACGCUCGAGAUUGAAACACAGGGGUCCACGCAAACUUUUAGUGUUUCUCCAAGUGAAGCAGCUGUGGUCUUAGAAUUUGGCUCAAACGUCUCCCAACUCAGUAUUGCAGAUAUAUGCUCGAGGCUCAACAUGCAACAAUACCCUGCACGCACUGCGUUGGAUGCCUGGGUCAAGAGAGGAGUAUUGGUUGAAAAAUCUCCAGACGUCUUUACGGCGGUCGAUUAA